GCGCGAAGGUCCCUCUCCUCUCACCUGCGUUGCGUCUUCUUGGAGCUAUAGCUGUGGAAGUUUUCGAGGGACCGGCCGGAGGGGAGGGUGAGGGGUGAGCUCGUUGGUUGAUGUCGAUGGGGCAGGUGUGCCUUGACUCGGCGCCGGCGGUGGUUGUUGGGCCGGAGACGGAAGCGAGGGCGAGGGCGAGGGCACGCGCGGAGAGGCAGCGCCGAGCCGGGGAGGCCGGGAGGUGGAAGCAUGCGGCGGCCGGGGCGGAGGCGGCGGUCACGAGGAAGCGGCGCGUGGAGAUGGGUGAAGCCGGAGAGGUUUUGGUGGCGCGGAAGCACGGGGCGGCGUCGGUGGCCGGGCGGAGGAGGGUGAUGGAGGACGCCGUGUCCGUGCGGGAGGCGUUCGCGGUGGGGGAGGUCGACGGCGGGGGGUGCGACUUCUACGGGGUGUUCGACGGCCACGGCUGCUCGCACGUGGCGGACGCGUGCCGGGAGCGGAUGCACGAGCUGCUUGCCGAGGAGCUCUGUGCUGACGGCUCGGUGGCGCUGCGGGAGCCGGCGGCCUGGACGGCGGCGAUGGAGCGGAGCUUCGCGAGGAUGAAUGCCGAGGUGAUGGCCGGCGGUCACGGCGUGGGCGGCGCCAGCGGCAGCUGCCGUUGCGACGCGCACAAGUGCGACCACGUGGGGUCCACCGCCGUUGUGGCCGUCGUGGAGGAGCGCCGCGUGGUAGUGGCCAACUGCGGCGACUCUCGCGCCGUUCUCUGCCGCAGCGACGGCGCACCCGUGCCGCUCUCCUCCGACCACAAGCCCGACAGGCCCGACGAGCUGGAGCGGAUCGAGGGCGCCGGCGGGCGCGUCAUCUUCUGGGAGGGCGCGCGCGUGCUGGGUGUGCUGGCCAUGUCGCGCGCCAUCGGGGACGGGUACUUGAAGCCGUACGUGUCCUCCGUGCCGGAGGUGACGGUGACCGACCGAGCCUCCGGCGACGAGUGCCUCAUCCUCGCCAGCGACGGCCUCUGGGACGUGGUCAGCAACGAGGCCGCGUGCGAGGUGGCGCGGGCUUGCCUCCGCAGGGGCAGGAAAAAGUGGUGCGCCGAGGCGGCCGCCUUGCUCACCAAGCUGGCCCUCGCGAGGCGGAGCUCUGACAACGUCUCCGUCGUCGUCGUCGACCUCCGGCGAAGGAAUCACUAGCUGCUACCAUGGUCCAUGCUUGGCACCGUAGUAGUAGUUAGUGAUUCUACUAAUGGUUUUUCUUCUCUUCUUGAAAUCAUUUUUUCCUCUUUCUCCCGGAAUCAAAAGUUCAGUGGAGCAUUUAGAUUAGUUAUUGUGGGGGUGUGGAACAGAUUGGUGUAACCAGAAUUUGAUCUGGAUACCAUUUGAAAUGAAAUGAAAAUUGAACAAAAUCAUCUGAAGUCAA